UUUUAUGGGUCCUAUCCUCUUUGUCCUGUCCCCUCGUGUCCUUGUCUUCUGAGUGAUAUUAGACUGCCCUUAAAGAGCUUCAGUGGAGGUUGUUCUUUAUGAAAGUUCAUGAAUGUAUCAUCCUACCAUCACCUCCAGCGCUGGGCUGCAGCUCCACGAACUGUAUCGCGACGCUGACGGACGCCCAGGGGGAGUUCACUUCGCCCUGCUACCCCGACAAAUACCCCAAUUUGCAGACGUGUAAGUGGACUCUGCAGGCCCCAGCCGGCUUCAUCAUCCAGCUCUCCUUCCUGGACUUUGACCUGGAGGAGGCGCCGGGCUGCAUCUACGACUGGGUGGUGGUGAACACGGGAAACGCCGACGUUAAGUUCUGCGGCCCGACGGCCAACGGGCUGACCCUGAACUCGACGGGGAACGUGAUGGAGCUGUCCUUUGUCUCCGACUUCAGCGUGCAGAAGAGAGGGUUCAGUGUUAGCUUCAGACACGUCGCCGUGGCGCUGAGGAACCAGAAGGUCACCAUAUCCAACGGCCACGGCCAGGUCACCGAGGUCGCCAACUCCGUUUCCAUACCGACGCUCAGUCAGCUCACCCUCUGCUUCGAGGUGGAGCGCAUCGGCAGCCAGAAACAGAAAGAGUGGCUCUUCACCUACCACGACCGCAGCAACAACGUGGCGCUGAGCCUCGGCGCCGAUCAGACCGGCAUGAACCUGAUUAUAGACUUGUUGCCGUGCUCCAUCGACUCCAUCCUCUCCUCCGCUGACUUCAGCAACGCCAUGAAGCCUUUCUGCGUGCUCUGGACGUCCUCCAACGGGCGCUUGGCGGUCUACUUCGACGGGAACUACCGGGCCAAAACCUGCUCCACUUCUACUGGACACUUGGUACCAGGCGGGGGGGUGUUCCGGUUAGGAG